CUAGUUUUUUACCUCUUAUUCUUAUCUACUUUAAAUAUAUCCUGUUUCGAUAUUCCGAAAGUUUUUUCACGGAUGACAGUUAUAAGAACGAAUGAUAGUAACAUGCGUCAUCCGGCUAAAAUAUUUGAUUGUACCGAGUGCGGUAAAACCUUUAAACAUCCUUCUAAGAUAGCAGAACAUGUAAGGAUUCAUACUGGAGAAAAGCCAUUUCGUUGCGAGUUGUGUGGUGCUGCUUUUUCGCAGGGAAAUUCGCUAAAGGUGCAUUUGAGGUUACAUCGGGGAGAGCGGCCUUUCUCUUGUGACUAUUGUAGUCGUGACUUCUUGACUAGCUCCCAAAAAAGGUCUCACGAGAAAAUACAUUUAAGGAAGUUAGUUCACAGUUUUCUCUUUUUCAGUAUGUUUCUUGUUAAGGGUCAAGACGUUGAUAAAGCCUCUCCACACAACCGAAGGAAGCCGCAGACACACCGAUGUGAAUACUGCGGACGAGUUGAUAAAUAUCCGUCUAAAAUACAGGCUCACAUGAGAACCCACACUGGUGAAAAGCCAUUUAAAUGCGAUAUAUGUGGUGUCGGGUUUUCACAGCGAACUCCGAUGCGAAUGCACAUCAGACGACAUUUGAACCAAAAGCCUUAUGUUUGUGACGUUGAUGGCUGUGGUGAGCGAUUUAUUAAUGGAUCCUUGUUGAAUGCUCAUCAAAAUGCAAAGCAUUUUGUUCGCAAACGUUACGCAUGUAUGCGAGGAUGUGGCAGGUCUUUUGUUCAAGCACGUAACCAAAGGAAACAUGAAGCGAAGUGUACUCAUAAGAUUGCAGUUAGAUCGAAUUUUGAUGAGUCAUUCCACAUAAACUCAUUAGAGCAUAGUUGUGGAUCAAGUGCUGCUUUGAGAUCAGUCUCUCAGAAUGAUGGUAUAACUGCAGUAGGUCAGAAAUUUACAGACGAAUGCCGUGGAUUUGAAGGGAUUGAAGAUCGUCAGCGCUUGGUUGACAGUGAUCAUUUUUUGGAAACUGCUGAUGAAGUAAGGAAUUAG